UACUGAGCAACAAAACAACAACUGCCGCCUGCAACUCUACUGCCAAAAUAUUCCGCACCCGCACAACACGAAGUCUCUUCCUCCGCCGAAACCUACUUUCUCCCAGAAAAACAUCCACCAAAAACCCUGUCAAUUACGCCGCAUGUCAUUUCUCCGUUGAAUUGCCGAAUUUGGGUUUUUCUCCCGCCAGGCGUUAUUCUGCUGUCUUGGUCUUGGGGAGCUGUCCAGCUACCAAUUAUCGUCCUCUGUCUCUCGGUUCUAGGGUUUCUCAGUUCAUGGACAAAGUUCCUUCAUUUCUGUGCUGAAUUCUUCUGCUAUUGUUGUUGUUGGUGUUGGUGGUGUUGUUGUUUACUUCUUUGUGACGGAUCAGAUGCAGAAGGAUUACCCUAGCAAGAUUGAGGAUGAGCAGCGUUCUGCUAAUUCUCCGCCCCGACCUGCUGCAGACCUCCGUCUGGAUGUGCAGGACGUUGAUCUCCCUUCCAACCCCACUGUAGAAGCAAAAAAAGAAGAAAAGCCGGUGUUUUGCUCCACGGCCUCUGUUGCCACUUCUCAACCUAGCUGUGUGGUGGUGGUAGUUAAUGAGGAUGAAUCGCCUUUGCCCUCUGCUCAGGAUCCUCCCUUGAAGCCCUGUAUCUCUAGGUCUUCGAGUUCUCAUGAGCAGUGCAGAGUGUGUCAGCAAGACAAGGAAGAGGUUCUCAUUGAUUUGGGGUGCAAAUGUAAAGGGGGGCUUGCUAAAUCCCACCGUUCGUGUAUCGAUGCUUGGUUCCUGACCAGGGGAUCAAAUAAGUGCGAGAUAUGCCAAGAUAUUGCGGUCAAUGUGCCCCCUCCAGAAUCUCAACCAAGUCAGACAAACUACUGGGUGUGGAGGCUUGAUCCAACCUACAGACCUCGAGACAGGGAAAGGGGUUGUUUUAGUCCUCUCUGGGUGGCAUUCUCCAUUCUCAUCGGUGGCCUCUUGUUGGAUGUGCUGAUCUCCAUCACCCUCGGAGUUUCUGCUCUUCCCGUCAACAUAAUAAUUGGCGUGAUCGUUGUGCUUGGACUUGGAACAGCUCUUCGGUUGGCUCUGGAAUUCUGCCACGAAUGGAGUUUCAGGAGAGCAGUUCACAGGGUUGAUGCAAAUGUGAACCUCGGGUAUCAUCCCACAUUAUAGGUGCAACUAGGUGGCUGUACAGAGAAGAAUCACACAACCGGAUGGACCCGCUGUUACAUCCUUUCCAGUGUAUGUAUAGUUAAGUGGUAAACUGUCAUGCAUACUAUCUGUCGUUUUUGCUUUGAGCACCAUCGCCUCUCAUCCCAAAUUGAGCACGGCUGCUGUGGUGAAAGCCGAUGGUGGUGAACUGGGGAACAAGCCCCGUGAAUAUGAGAUAGCCAAGAUGGCGAAAGCCGGUCUUCGUUUCGCUAGAAUAUCGAUUAUUACUUUCAAUAAACGGUCAGUUAUUAAUUGUUAUUCUUUGCUCUAUAUGUUCUUCAUAGAACUAUGUUUUCAUCGAUCAUUGUAGUGAUGGAAAGAGGAAUGCAGGAGGGUUGCUCGGUUGUUCGUCGUUCUUUUUCCUAUGAAUGUAGGUGUCAUGAAGGAAAAGGAAAAGUCCAGAAGACUAUUUUUAGUAUGAAUGAGAGGUUUGU